AUGGCUGAGGUCGCCGACGCGUCCCCACCCCCUGCGACCACCGGCGGCGGAGACCGCAAGCGGGGCCGCACCUCGCCCGUGCUUCCGCCGCCGCCGCCCGGGCCCCCGCCGCCGGGCCCGCACAAAAGGCGUAGGGAGGAGGGCGGUGGCGGCUUCGACCGGCGCCGGCUCGGCCCAGUCGGCGGCGGAGGGCACGAGCAGGACGAUAGGAGGUAUGGAAAUGGUCUUGGUGGCGUUGGAGGAAGAGGUGGUGAUGGUCGAUAUACGAAUCGUGCACCAGGUUGGUCGGGUUCUGGACGCGGUGGAUGGAAUGAGGGACCUGGGAACAGUUGUAGGGAAGGACUGAUGUCAUACAAGCAGUUCAUUCAGGAACUUGAAGAUGACGUUUCACCAGUUGAAGCUCAAAGUAGAUAUGAGGAGUACAAGUCAGAGUACAUCACAACUCAGAAGAAAGCAUACUUUGACCUCCAUAAGGAUGAAGAUUGGUUAAGAAAUAAGUACCAUCCUACAAACCUUGAAAAUGUCAUUGAAAGAAGGAAUGAACUGGCAAGAACUACUGCAAAUAAUUUCUUCCUACAAUUGCAAAGUGGAAAUCUAGACACAGGUCCAGGUUUGACGGGUUCGGCAGUGAACAAAUCAGGAAAUAAUAGCAGUAAAAAUCUAGAUGCUGUGGAAGGGGAUGGUAAAAAGGGGAAACUUGGAAAGGGUCCUGAUGAUUCAUAUUGUGCUGCUCCCAAGGCUCACCCAGUUAGUUCUGAGGUUCGUCGAAUUCGAAUUGACAUUGAGCAAGCUCAAGCUCUCAUUUGUAAACUUGAUUCUGAGAAGGGCAUUGAAAACAACGUUCUCUCAAGUAGUGACCAUGAAAAAUCAGACAGGGAUAAGUCACAUGGUUCGAUGGGGCCAAUUGUUAUAAUACGAGGAUCAUCUACUGUGAAGGGUCUUGAGGGUGCUGAGUUGAUGGACACCCUUGUUACUUAUUUAUGGCGUAUCCAUGGUGUGGAUUAUUAUGGUAUGUCUGAGACAAAUGAACCUAAAGGCCUAAGGCAUGUGAAAGCUGAUGCGAGGACAUAUAAUGGGGCUAGCUCAAAUGGCGCCGAAUGGGAGAAUAAACUUGAUUCAUUCUGGCAAGACAGAAUUCAAGAUCAGGAUCAAUUAGAAAUGUUGAAAGCAAAGGAGAAGAUUGAUGGAGCUGCUACUGAAGUCUUGGAUCCAUAUGUGAGGAAAAUAAGGGAUGAGAAGUAUGGUUGGAAAUAUGGAUGUGGAGCCAAGGGCUGCACAAAACUUUUCCAUGCCGCUGAGUUUGUCCAGAAGCAUCUUAAAUUGAAGCAUGCAGACUUGGUGUUUGAUCUAACUUCAAAAGCGAGAGAGGAUAUUUACUUUGAGAACUAUAUGAAUGACCCAAAGGCGCCUGGUGGUACACCUAUCAUGCAACAACCUGCUCCAAGGGGAAAAGGCAGACAAAGGCCACCAAUAGAGAGUCGGCUGAGGGAUGAGCGUGGUAAUCAUAGGUUGGACAGGAAUGUUGAUUCACCAACACAUGAUGGGUCUGGUGAAAAUGCCAACGAUCCUAUUUAUGAUUCGUUUGGUGAUCCAAUUAUGCAUGGUGCCUUCCCUCCAGAUAUUCCUGCUCCCCCGGUUCUAAUGCCUGUGCCUGGUGCUGGUCCGCUCGGACCGUUUAUUCCUGCACCACCGGAAGUUGCCAUGCAUAUGUUGAGGGAUCAGGGUGCGCCACCUCCUUUUGAGCCAACUGGAGGUCCACAUCCUAGGAAAGCAGGGAGGGGUGUUGGUCCCCCAAUGCGUGGUCCAUCCCCAAUCUUUACUGCUCCUCCGCCUCAUCAGAUGCAUGACCCUCGUAGGAUACGAAGCUACCAAGACCUCGAUGCUCCUGAGGACGAAGUGACUGUCAUGGACUACCGAAGCUUGUAG